AUGAUAGUCACUUAUAAUAAUUAGGAUUAUAAAGUAGGGUAUCCUAAAACCUUAUCAAAAAUGAAAAAGAAGUUGUAAGAAUAAAUACCAGAAAUAAAAGAGAGAGAGCUGGUUAUUAUGAAGGUACAUACUAAGGAAGAGAAAAAACUAAUUGAGCAAUUUAAAUAUCAAGAGGUUGUUUAAUCUUAUAAAAAGAAUCAAGGUCCUAAACUGAAAUGUUAUAUACUUUAGAAAUUACUUCAAUCAUUGAGUUUUGAAUUUUCUCAAUAAAAAUAACAACAUGAAAUUGAUUUAUGUAAAUAGAAGAACAACACAUUAGAAAAUACAGCCUUAUAGAUAGAUUCAAAUCAAUAAAUGACUGGUAAACUUGAAUAAUUUUGUUCUUCCGAAUAGUAAAAUCAAUAAAAGGAAUCUGUUGUGAGUGGUGUAAUUUCUGAAAUAAGUACUUUCUAUGUGGAGUAACCUUUGAUUAAUUAGAAUAAUUAAGAAAUUAACGAAAAAUAGUAGUAUCAGAAAGAGCAAAUCACAGAAUCUUAAUUUGAUUCUAUUUUAAAUAGGAGCUAGAUGGACAGAGGAAAUAAUACUGAAUCUAAUUUAUAGACAAUGAUUUCAAAAUGCCAGAUUUGUAAUCAGAAAAUUGUUUAAUACCCUUAUUUUUUGAGUUGCUCUCAUGUUUAUCAUGAAUAAUGUUUAAAAGAGUUCUUAAUAAAUUAAAUCAAAAAUAAGGGUUAGAAAUUGUUUUGUCAUUGUAACAAACAAAUAAUUCAUCCUUGCUCGAUUCUAGAAACUUUAGAUUUAAAUUAUUACAAUUCUAAAUUACUAGAUAAUCAACUUAAUGAAAUAAAAAAAACAUAUAAGUGUAUUAAAAGAUGUCCAAACAAAACUUGUACUUUUUUUGUAAUAAAUACAAACAAUUAGAUUACUAAAUCAUUCUGCCCUUAAUGCUUGAUGCAAGUGCUACUAGUAUGA